UUCAGUAAAUUGCAGCAGAUUUCAACCAUCUUAAUUUUCAUUAUUUAUCGUUCACUUUUAUAAUCUGAACGUAUAAAUGAAUCUUGUACUAAAAUUUUUUGCACUAAGAUUUUAUUUUCAUUCAACAUUUAAUUUUAUCAUCUGAAGUGAUCUGAACAUAUGAAUGAUUUAUAUACUAAAAAUGUCAACAAAAAAAAAUAUGUUUGCACAAGUAUUUUAUUAUAAUUUACAAAGUGGUUUUUGACCAAAUUGCAUGAAAUUGCAGCAGAUUUCUGUCAACAUAUUUACUGAUUUGUUCAUUAUUUAUCAUUAAGUUUUAUCAACUGAAAUUAUCUGAGUGUGGACACUAAAAAUAUCACAAAAAUUUGUUUGUACAAAUAUUCUAUUGAGAAAUAUAUAGUGGUUUUGACAAAAUCGCAAGAUAUUGCAGCAGAUUUCAUACUGAUAUCAUAAACAUAUUGAUUGAUAUUUUCAUUGAUUAUCAAACAGUUUUAUCAUCUGAAAUGAUCUGAACAUAUAAAUGAACCAUAUACUAAAAAUGUCACAAAAAAUUAUUAAAUUAAAGUAUUUUAUUAAAAAAUAUGUAGUAAAAUCUGCAAAGUGGUUUUGACAAAUUGCAUGAAAUUGCAGCAUAUUUCAGCAAACUGAUUUUUUAAUUAUUUAUCGAUAAGUUUUAUCUUAUGAAAUGAUUUUAAUGUGGACACUAAAAAGUAAAAAAAAAAUUGAUUACACAAAUAUUCUAUUAAAAAUAUGUAGUAAAAUCUGCAACGUGGUUUUGACUAAAUUGCAGCAGAUUUCUGUCAACAUAUUUACUGAUUUCUUAUUAUUAUUUAUUAAGUUUUAUCAUCUGAAAUAAUCUAAACAUGGACACUAAAUAUGUCACAAAACAUUUGUUUGCACAAAUAUUUUAGUAAAUAUAUAUAGUGGAACUCAUUUUGACUAAAUUGUAAAUAUGGCAGCAGAUAACGUAUUGAUAACAAACAUAUUUAUUGAUAUUUUCAUUAAUUAUCAAGCAGUUUAUAUAUAUAUAAAUGAACCAUGUGCUCAAAAUUUACAAAUUUGUUUAGACUAAAUUGCAUGAAAUUGCAGCAGAUUUUUGCCAACAUAUUUACUGAUUUUUUCAUUAUUUAUCAUUACGUUUUAUCAUCUGAAAUUAUCUGAGUGUGGACACUAAAAAUGUCACAAAAAUUUGUUUGCACAAAUAUAUAUGCAGUGAAAUUUACAGUGUUUUUGACUAAAUUGCAGAAAACUGCAGCAGAUUGGAACCAACAUAUUUACUGAAUUUUUCAUUAUUUAUCAUCCAGUUUUAUCAUCUAAAAUGAAUCCUGCACCAAAAACGUCCCAUGAAAUAAAGUUUGCACACUGUAUUAGUGACACCGGCAGCCCAUGUGACUCUGCAAACGGAGGUUAAGUGUGUCUCUUUGAUUGUGUAUUUAAUGUCCCCCCUCACACCCCCCCGUCUGGGGCCCGUUAUCUCCUGCUCGUCACCCUGUCUGCGGCCCUCAGAUGUGUCGUUGAUAACAUCUGCCCGCCUCUAUAUAAAGACAGACCCGGCUCAGCUCCGGCAUCACUCACCCAUCAUGGAUCUCUCCUGCCUGCUGCUCCUCUUCUCUCUCUUCUCCCACGCCGGGGCCUUCGACCUGGGCCAGACCACACGCUGCGUCCCCGUCCCUCACCAGAUGAGCGUCUGCCAGGACGUGCCGUACUCGGAGAUGAGGUUACCCAACCUGCUGGGUCACAGCAGUCUGGAGGAAGCGGUUCCUCGCUCGGACGACUGGAGGACGCUGCUCCACACCGGCUGCCACCCGCAGGCCCGGGCCUUCGUCUGCUCGCUCGUCGCUCCCGUCUGCCUGGACAGGUUCAUCCAGCCCUGUCGUAGCGUGUGUGUGGCCGUGAAGGAGAGCUGCGCUCCCGUGUUGGCCUGUCACGGACACUCUUGGCCCGAAGCCCUGAACUGCGACCGCUUCCCAGCGCAGGACGACACGUGCCUGACGCCGCUGCCCAAACACAUCAGCGCCUUCUCCAAAGAAUUCCCUCAGCCUGUGUGUCAAAGCUGCCCGUCUGUGGAGGAAGCGCCGUCUCUCAAAACCGUGCUGGACGCCCUCUGCCUCAAUGACUUCACUGUGAAAGCCAAGAUCUCCCGGCGGCGCGUGCCGUCCUCGGAGCCGGAGCUGACAGUCGAGGGCCCGGUGGAGUUGAUCCAGCGCGGGCCGCUGCUGCCCUACGACACCUCCAGUCUGCUGCAGCGCUGGCUGCUCAUCAAUCUCAGAUGCGCGCACACGCUCGUCAGACCCGGCCGCGCGCAGCUCUACCUCAUCACGGGAACCAUGCGAGCGAGCGGAUCCAUCGAGCUGUCCAAUCUGUUCCCGUGGCUGAAGAAAGACCUGCACAUCACUUCAGCGACGCGCAAAUGGAAGCACCACAAGUGCUGA